AAGACCCAAAUCAAAAAAUGCCAGCAUAGUGUGAGUGAGUUAGAGGAGUAGCAGAAGAAGAAAAAGAGAGGUUGUUUUUGUUGGAUCAUAUGGAGGACUGGAGCAUUAAAUCUGCAGAGUCCGUGGAGGAAUUCAAGCCCAUAAGGAUUCUGGGGCAUGGUGAUAUGGGGAAUGUUUUCUUGGUAAUGCAUUUGCACAGUAGAAAACCUGUGGCUAUGAAGGUGAUUGAUAAACAGGUUGUGGAGGAGAAGAGGAGUUUUAAGAGGGUUCAGAUGGAGAAAGAGAUCCUGUCAAAGUUGGAUCAUCCUUUUCUGCCCAGACUGUUUGCUAAAUUUGAGUCUUCAAACCAUUACUAUCUUUUGAUGGGUUAUUGCUCUGGAGGGGACCUUAGUGUGCUCAGACAGAACCAGCAGGAUAAAAGAUUUUCAGAGUCUGCUGCUAGGUUUUAUGCAGCAGAAAUAGUCCUUGCUCUUGAGUACCUUCAUCAGCAUGGAAUAUUGUAUAGAGAUUUGAAACCAGAAAACAUACUAGUUCAAGCCAAUGGGCAUAUUAUCCUCACUGACUUUGAUCUCUCCAUCAUCAUCAAUAGCCUUCAAAGGCGUAGAUCAAGAUCCUUCGACGGAGACAAAAAGACAAACAAGGCAGAUUUCCAAAGGCCCCUUCUAGACAAGUUGAAUCUCACUAGAGCCAAAAAUCACAUAGAUUCAUCUACCUCAAUACCAAAACAAGAGGAACGAGUGAGAUCAAUUUCCAAGUCUAAUAGCUUUAAGAAUUACAAAUAUACUUGUCAUGACAACACCAAAAGCAAAUCAUUUUUUGACGAGUCACAUUCAUUUGUUGGAACUGAAGAGUAUGUUUCCCCUGAGGUCUUAUGGGGCAUAGGGCAUGGCUAUGUUGUAGAUUGGUGGGCUUUUGGAAUAGUAUUGUAUGAGAUGGUAUAUGGGAAGACCCCUUUCAAGGGAUCCACAAGGAAGGAAACAUUUUUUAAUGUGCUAUGUAAAGAGCCACAAUUAUUAGGACCCCAAUCCCCUUUGAAGGAUUUGAUUCAACAUUUAUUAGUGAAGGAUCCAAGUGAGAGGCUAGGAUUUAACAAUGAUGCACAUGAAAUAAAGAAUCAUGAAUUCUUUAAUGGGGUUAAGUGGGAUGAGUUAGAGUUUGUGUCUAGGCCACCAUUUGUGCCCCCACCCUUUAGUUUUGAUAAUUAUGAAGAUAUGAUUGAUGAUAAUUCAAAAAUAAAAGAAAAGAUAGAUUUUUUUUGAAAAUUUAUCUUAGAGUAAAUAAGUCAUAAAUGUUACCAAGAAAACAAUAAUAGUCCAUAUUAUGAAUGGCA